GCAGUAGUGGCUCGGGGCCAUGCGGCGGACAUGCGGCUCGCUGCCUGCCCAGCUGCCGGCGGCGGAGGCGGAGGAGAGGCUGCGGCGCCUGACGCGGUUCCUGGUGCGCGCUUUGCCGCUGUGCCGAGCCCACACGACGGAGUUCUACACGCGCGGGCUGUGGGAGCAGCUGGUGGCGGCGCGGCCCGAGGUCGUGCUGCAGGCGCUGCGGCGCCCCCUGCCGGAGGCCUCCGGCACCGCGGCCGGGCGGUGGGAUGACGACACAUUUUCUGAUGUGUUUUGUGAAAACUCCAAGAAGCUUAUCAAUGUACACUUAUUUGCCCUGGCUGCCAGGCAUUAUUCUUUGCCUAACCUUGGAGUGUGUACUCCAUUAGAAGAGGUACUUGAAGCGCUGAGAGGAGAAAGCCAAGGAGCAAGUGGUAUCAAAACUGAUGAGUUUAUGAAUAAUAAGAAAUCGCAUGAAGUACAAGCAAUGUCAGAGUUGGUAGACAAAAUAGCAAAGUAUUGUGGUUUAAAACAGGUGAUUGAUAUAGGUUCUGGAAAGGGCUACCUGAGUUCAUUUUUGUCUAUGCAAUAUAACUUAAAAGUUUAUGGAAUCGAUUCAUCGAAAACCAAUACUAACGGCGCUCAUGAAAGGAACAGGAAAUUGAAGAAACACUGGAAAACUUAUCAGAGUCGAGCAAGAGCCAAUUCUGAAACCCAGAGGUUGGAAAAGCCAAUGAAAAAUGAAGUUAAAUGUAAAGCCAUCAAUGAAAAACCCUUAAAUAAUAACAGCACUCUUCAAAGUCAGGAUCAAGAGAGUACCCAAGACUCAGUUCCUUCUUGUGUUUUCACAGAAGUAGCUAUAUCUGAGACCAGCAAACAAACUGAAAUCAAUUUGGCACAGGCACAGUCUGACGAGAGCAAGCUUUCUGAAGAGGCUCUUGCUGUUCUCAAUGUUCUGCCUGCUGAUGCUGUAGAUGUUUUUUCUUCAUCCCGCUGUAACUAUGGGGAAAUCUGUGAAGAGGAAAAAGCACAAAGAAAGAUGGCAUUUAUCAAGGCUAAAGCGAGCAAGUCAAGAGAAUCAAACCUUUAUUUUCCACUGACCUCCUACAUCAGCGCGGAAACAGAACUCAGUGACAUCAUAACAGAUUUAGAGGACUGUAUAAUGGUGGGUCUGCAUACAUGUGGUGACCUUGCUGCAAACACACUACGAAUUUUUACUGCCAAGCCUGAAAUCAAAGCAGUUUGCAGUGUAGGCUGCUGCUACCAUCUGUUGUCAGAACAGUAUGAAAACCAAGAAGAUUGCACCGAGGAAGUGUGGGGAUUUCCCAUGUGUCAGUACUUGAAGGACAAGGGCUGGUGCUGCGGUCGCAAUGCUAGAAUGUCAGCAUGCUUGGCUUUGGAGCGAGUUGCAGUCGGCCAAAUGCUGCCUACAGAAUCAUUGUUUUAUCGAGCUGUUCUUCAGGUUAUUAUAGAAGAAACUUAUGGUGUCACCAAAAGCGAUCGACAUGUUGGAAAAAUUUUCUCCAAAUCAUCCUCCUUCUUAGAUUAUGUCAGAAAGUCUCUGAAAAAACUCGAACUGGAUGAUUCAAAGCUCCCAGACAGCUGUAUAAUGGAUUACUAUGAAAAAUACAAGCACAGAAUGAAUGAGCUUGAAGCAUUUAAUAUGCUAAAGGUUGUGCUAGCUCCCUGCGUAGAAGUUUUGAUACUUCUGGAUCGUCUUUGCUACCUCAAGGAGCAGAACAACAUUGCCUGGUCAGGACUUGUGAAGUUAUUUGAUCCCGUGAAAUCCCCCAGAUGCUAUGCAGUUAUUGCUCUGAAGAAACAGUCGUGUCUUGAAGGGGAGGCAAAUUGCAGAUAGGUUGAAAGCUCUGAACUGAUACUGCUAUUUCCUCACUGCUCUUUUUAAUUGAUUCCUCAAGUACACUGAUACAUUUGGCAACUAUUUACUUUUCAGCUGCAAAAAUAAUAAAUGCAGUGCCUCUGUGAAUCGUAAGAAAUAAAUUGUGAUCUGUACCUCUUUUAUAAAUACCACUGCUUCCUCAUGUUGAUUAUUAAGUAAUGCAGAACAUAUGAUUUUCUUAUAAAAGUAAUGACCUGUAUUAUGUGAUUAACGUUUUAAAAUAAUUUUAAUGUUUCUUCUUUUUAAGGCACUAUGCUUAUCUAUUGAUGUCCCUCCUCUUAGUAUUUUUAGUCUCAAGAUUAUUCUUCCACAGAAAUUUUCAGUUUUUCCAAAGGAUGACAUCAGCAAUCUCAGGCAAGCCUGGCUUUUUUCUUUUCUGGAUUCGGAUCACACACAGUUUAAACAAAAAAUUAAUCUGUGUUAUAGACGAGAACUACGUAGACUGAAUCUUUGUGAACUACAGCAGCUUACUGUAGAGCAACCUCAAAAAGUCCAGAACCUUCUAAGACUAGAUACUAAAUACCCAUAGAAGGAGGAUUAUAUUCAUCUCUUCUUCCUUCAGGCAUGUUGCUGGCAUGUCUUACUUACCAGUCACUCUGAAAGAAACAACUGAGUGUGAUGCAAUCCAUUAUAUCCCAAUAUUAAAGAAUCAGCUGCUGUGCUGGAGUUCAUUCUAAUCUUAGGGUUUUAUCAGAAAGCUAUUAUCUGGCUCAAAUGUGUUAGAUAUAAGUAUAAAAGUUUUGGUGCCUAAAUGAGUUGAAACUUGCUAGAUAGUUUCUGCUUGGCCAUACUGACUUAAUGAGUGAGAAAUUUAUUUGUUUAUGUCUUCAUCUCAAUGGGUUGCCUCCUUAAACCUGCAGAUAUAGUAUUAAUUUUAAAAAGAGAUUUUUUAAAACAAACUGCUUUUGUUGGAACUUUCCAAUUAAUAAUAAAUAAUAAUUAAUUACAGAGAGUAUUAAAAAAGGGUGACCAAUAAUAGAAUUCAACUGAAUAUUUGUGACUCCAUUUUCAAUUGACAUAAACACGUGACUUGUAAAUUUUCAAAUGGAAUGUAUAGAGCUGCAAUCAGACAUUCAACUAAAAAUCCUCAUGAUGUCUCUGUACUGGACUCUUAUAAGCCCUGUUUAACAGAGGCUUAUAAAUACCCCUCCCUUCACAAUCGCACCUUACUCAUGUCACCACUUUUUGGCAGUGGGUACAUUUGUGAACAGCUGUUUUCAAGGAUGAAACACAGAAAGAGUAAAAUUUCAUCAAAAAUCUCUGUUGAACAUCUUGAGAAUGCACUGAGAAUGGUAACCACUUCCAUUGAACCGCUGAUGCACCACUGUUACAAAAUCAAAUAUCCCACCAGUUCAGUGUUUUGGGUUUUUUUGCUCUUUUGCUUUUUUAUAUUUAAUAAAAAUAUCAAAAAAUCUUUUUUUACUUACAUAGAUUAACUAUACUACAUGUUCUAUGAGGGCUGAUCUGAAAGUAAUUCUCCUCUUUUAUGAUGUUGGCCCAUGAUGUCAGAGGCAGAUGUUGGUGGUAUGGCAGUAAAGGUUGAGCCUUCCCACCGAUAUCCUGUUACAUUUUGUUACUGUGUGACAGAUGGCAGCAGAGGGGCAGAAUGGUGUCUGACAUGGAACUGCGGACGAAGCAAAGGUGUGUCUUUGAAUUUCUCUGUGUGGAAAAAAAAUGGCAUCCAUUGACAUUUACUGACGCGUGCUGUACAUUUAUUGAGACCAAUCAGUAGAGGCAAGCACAGUGAGGCAGUAGGUAGUGCCCUUCAGCAGUGGCAGCAGUGACAGUGAGACACCUGUGCUGGCAUGCAGGCUCCUGUUUAUCACUGAAGAAAAUGCAGAGCUAAAGGUGGUGACUAUGUUAAAAAAUAGUGUUUUGUAGCUGAGUUUUCUCUAUCAAAUACUGUUACAGUGCUCACUGAAUCUUUUGUAGUUUCCAUGGAAAUAAAUAGGAGGCAUUACUUUCAGAGCAGCCUAUGCAUAUGCAGCCCAAUAAAAUUCCUCUUCACUCAGUGCAGCCCAGGCAAGCCAAAAAAUUGGGUACCCAUGAGUUAUUGGCUGAUGUACUGGAGAGGUGCUCUACAAAGAAAGAGUUGGAUGUCCUUGUGGACAACAGGUCGACUGUGAGCCAGUGGUGUACCUUUUUGGACAGGAAAACCAAUGAUAUCCUGGAGUGAAUUAAAAAGAGAGUGGCUAGCAGGUGGAAAGAGGAUAUCGUCCCACUCUGCUCUGCCUGGGUGAGGCCACAUCUGGAGUACUGUGUCAAGUUCUGGGCUCCUCAGUUCAAGAAAGAUGGGUGACUACAGUAGAGAGGCCACAAAGAUGAUGAGGGGCCUGGAGCAUCACCCUUAUGAGGAAAGGCUGAGAGACCUGGGACUGUCUAGCCUGGAUAAGAGAAGACUGAAAGGGUAUCUUAUCAAUGCUUAUAAAUAUCUAAAGAAUAGGAGUCAAGUGGAUGGGGCCAGACUCGUUGUGGUGGUGUCAAGUGGCAGGAAAAGGGCCAGUGGGCACAAACUAGAAAACAUGCAGUUACACCUGAACGUGAAGAAAAAUAACUUUAUUUUGAGGGUGACAGAUUAGUGGAACAGGCUGCCCAGAGAGGUUGUAGAGUCUCCUUCUCUCAAGAUAUUCAAAAUCUGCCUGGAUGCUUUCCUGUGUAACAUUCUAUAGGGGACCUGCUUGGACUAGCUAAUUUCUAGACGUCACUUUCCGUGCCUACAGUUCUGUGAUUCUGUGAUCUGGUACAAACAUAUCACAUUUAUUUAGAAGGCUAAGUCCUUAGAGUGGCUGAACAGUUUUAGUACUCAAGGAAAUCAACUUCAACCGCAGGUGCUCACAGCAUCUGUAGAGUACAACUUAAAAGAAAAUGGGGCCUUCCACAAAUGAGAUUCUUUGUUAUAUAGGGAGUACCGGGGAAAAUAACAAGCUGGUAGAUUCUUUACCCAGGAGAGAAAUCAAAAGAAAUAAAAAUCUUUUCUUAACCUCUGAACAUCUGGAAGGAAAUACGAAUAGAAUCCGAUAUAAGGAAGCAAUUAAGGUAAAUAAUGUUUAAAAAAAAAAAGAUGAACAAAAAUACAAAAAUAUUGGCUUUGCUAAAGGAUGCUGUCUAAUUAUUAGUAUAGAGACUUGUCAUCCCAACCUUGUGUGCUGUUGGAAGAAUCUACUUGGGGUUCUAAUUGCCUUUGCUGUGUUAUAAAUUGUUUUUUUCUUCUUUCUCAGACCACAUACAAAAAACUGGGCAUGUAUAAUGUCCAAACAACGUUAGCACAGUUACUGACUGAAUGCAGGUUUCUAAAAGUACCCUGUAUUUAAAAAAAUAAAUAAAUAAAAUAAAAUAAAAUAAAAUAAAAUAGUUGCAUCAGCAAUCUCUGCCUGGUUUAAUUUGAACACACUCUGUAUUACAUAGUAUAUAUAUACUAUAUAUACUAUACAUAUAUAUAUACACACUAUAUACUAUAUAUAUACUAUAUAUACUAUAUUCUAGGCUACUGCUAAUUUUGUGUGUGCAUAAAGCUAUCUGAAUUUGAAGUUAAAUUCUUAUAGCUAUUUUAAGAGGACGUUUGGAAUAGCUUAGAACAACAAGCACGUCUGUAGCCCAAACACUUUUCCACUGUUUCAGAAAGGUCUGAAAAAAAUUUCAUGCCCCCACAGCAACUUUUCAGGCUUUUUCAGUUCUUUUCACACUUUGUAGUCUAUACAGGCAAUGACAGAGGCAAUGUGCUUCUUAGAAUAAUAACUAUCAAGAGGUUUAUAUAAAGAGUUUGCAUUCAACCAAAUCAGUUGCUGUCUGCUCUCAAAGCUGUUUCAAAGCUUGAGAUGCAUGAGGUGUUGUUUACAUAAUGGAAAAAUCCCCAAAAGUAAUCAAAUUGAAUAAAAUGAAUUUUCUUUGUGGUUAUUGCCAGCAGUUCUUCCAUAAUGUAAACAGUAUCUUAAAUAUGAUGAAGUCUUUUGAUAGAAGAGAAUCUCUAUUUUCUUUCACUAUGAAAGUGAGCUAUGAAUCUUGAGGACACUCUCUGAGGAAUUGUGGAUAUACCUGCUUUCCCUGAGGUGUUUGCCCAAUUCUGUUUGUGGCACGUCCGUGCAUUCUGUAGCAGAAUUGUUGUGAUUUAUUUAUAUUUCUUAGGGCUGAAAGCUUGGAGAGACAAGAGGAUAUGCAGGGUAUGUGUGCAGCCUUAAUAUCCAAGUGUAUGUUGUGAUCCUAAGAUCUCUAAGCCUGUUUUCUUUGCCAAUAAACUUUAAUCCUGAAGUCCCGAGCCAUGCAUUAGAACAUCACCUCACAAAAUAUCUUGCACUGAUCUAGUUUCUGGACUUUGGAUUCAAGUCUUCUUCUGAUUUAUUAUUAUUAUUACAAAUGUUCUCCAUUUACAGUAUUCAUUAAUUUACUGUUAAAACAACAGCAGUUCAUUAGGUGUAAUAAUCAUUCAUUAGGUGUAACAAUGCUUUUGCAAUUUCAUGGUAGAGUUAGAAUCUUGGGACUCAAAACCUGUAUGUCCUAUGAUUACUUCAAUUUCUCACACAAUGAACAUAUUAAAGACAUCUGGAUUGGUGACAGCUAUAUGUCCUUUUGGUGACUGGAGUAUUCUUACUUGUCAUUACUUACUGGAACAGACAUACUUUUUUCCUAAAGAGCUUUCAUAACUGUGUCAUUAUAUUGCCAGUGAUCAAUGACACUAAGUGCAGGUGUUAAAAAAAGAACCAGCACCAAGAAAGUCUUCCCUGCUGAGGUGUGAAAUAACAGCUGAGAGUGAUGCUUCAGACAUCCUUUUCUCUAGGAAGCAUCUGAAUACUCAGUCUUUGUCAGUAUUUUAAAUCUUUUUUCUCACAUGCCUUAUCAAUUUUACUGAUAUGUCUUCCUUAUAAUUGGUUUAUAUCCUGGUGUUCUGAAGGAGGUCUAAUUCAUGCUAGACAAUUUUGAGUGUCCAUAAUCAAAUCAGGACAGAAAUGAAGUUGUUCAGACAAGUUAGUUGGCCACCUAACAAUUAAAACUGUGAUUUUAGCUUCCUUGAUUUCUGAGAUCUGUUCAAAUUUUGCAGUUUUCAAGGUUCCUGUGCUUCCUGCAAAGUGGGAGUGUGGCCUAAUUCUUUGGGAUCCACCUGCUGGUUUUUCACCAUGUUCAUCUGAAACAACCAACUCAGUCUGGUGGUUCUAGACUUUGUAUUUCUAAGCACGUGCUGAACAAGCCUUAGAUAGGCUUCUCUGUGGUUGUUAUCAUUGUUAAUGUUAUAUUUUGGAGUACUUUAGGAAAAUGUGUAAAAUCCUUCUUAGGUCCAGAAUGCCUCAAGGAAGUUGCACCACUGUGAGGCAUUUUGUUGCUUUCUCCCUUAAAGACUUGAAAUUAAUUCCUGAAGAUCCAUCAGAUUAUCAGACAAACUGAGAGCCACAGAAUAUUAAAAAUACUAUGCACAAUAUCUUCUCUUCAUGAGUCAUUUUAGAUUCAAGAGCUCUGAGGUAUCUUCUCCACAGAAAUUCCAGUGUACAGCCUCAUUACUCUCAAACCUCCAAGGAAACACACUAACAUAAUGAAGGUUUGCCUCUGACUGCUAAAACAUUGUACACCAACCUUCCCAGUAUUCACCUAUAUCCUCCCCAAGGCUGUUAGCAAUAUUUGUAUCAAACCGGAGAGGAAUAAAUAUACAAUUGUCUCACCAUCCUAGUGAUGCUGUCCAUGAUGACACUGAUCUUGUGUGUGUGUGUGCGUGUUAAAAAGCAACAUACACAAAGAAUAGGUAUCUAACAUCAAAAGGUUGUGCAGAUGUAUAGGUAGCAUUACUAAAAUCUAUUUCACAGACUUCCUUAGUCAGUUCAUCCUAUUACUGCCACUUCAGUCAAUACUGACUAUCAAUAUUUGUACAAAACUUUUGCCUUGUGUUUUAAAUUUAUAGAUGGGCCUUUUUCAUAAUAGUUUUAUCACUCAUCAAAGCAGUAAAUGACUUCAAAUAGUUGUGGAUUCUAAGUAAAUCAGGAAAUGGCUUCUGGAUUCCUGAUGAAAUUGAGAAGAAACUGAAAUUGUACUUAGUUUUUUUUUGGUUUUUUUUUUUGGUGGGAAAGAACAGUAUGUGCACGGAUUACAUCAUAAAGCAUAAAAUUGGCCAGAAUUGGCCAGGAUUUGUUAAACUCAUGAACACAAGACACAUAGGCAAGAUAAUAUGAACAAAAUAUCUGAGAUUUGCAGCUACUCUAAAGUAUAUAACCAUUCCUUACACAUUGUAGGAAGAAAUGUAAUUAUCUAAUUCAGUGGAAAUACAAGGAAGAAUGAGUUUUCAGUAAUUAACAGGGGGCUGCGAUUUUAAACUUAUCUAAUCUAGGAACUUCAGAAAUGAAAAAUUCUUUCAGGGCAACAACAUGAUACUGUUCACCCCCAUAAAAUCAAGCUAUUUCCUACAUCACAUUUGUUUCAUAUCUAUAAUAUAAUCUAUUUUCUAGUUCUGAUCUAUGACUUUUUUGUUGUUGUUGUUUUUAAUCUAAAGUUUACUAUAGAAUUAUCUCUUUCUUUCAGCCUUUUACAGUUAUAGUCAAAGUGUUCUGUUUCCUUUUGUGUAUAGCACAUGCUAACAAUGCCUAUUGUUGACAAAACUGUACAAACAUUUAAGUUUUCAUUAUGAAAUUCUUAGUUUUACGUGAGACUCCUCUUUGCACAGACCAGUGCAAAUUUUUUCACGUAGAUAAAGAUGUUGUCAAGGCAGCUUUCAUUGUGUUUAGCAUGGAAUUUAUCAAGAAAAUCAAGAUGCAGUAAAUCUACUCAGCCAACAAAUCAGAUUGUCAGGCUGAAGCUCCGAUUGCCUUAACACACAAGCUGUCAACUCUUUCACGAAGCGCUGAUGAAAAGAGCAAAGUUGUCUGCUUACUGAAUAACUUGAUAGUGCCUGGCACCGAGUGAGAAAAUUCUGCAUCAGAAAAAAUAGUGAUCACCUCUCCUGAUUACAUGAACCUUCACAUACAACAACUAAAAUGUAGAGUUAUAAAUCUAUUUUGUUUAUUACACUUUCUAUUAUUAGAGUCAUGAAUAAAGACUGGCAACAGAAGCAGCCAUGCUGUUUCUCAACUAUAAAUCCUAAAUACACUUGUUAGUCUUAGAAAGGCUGAAGUCAUCGAAAAGACACUUUGAUGUUAGAACGUGUAGAAUGAACUGUACGUUACUUGGAUAAAUGUGCCAGUUGCUGACCUUUUUAUACUCUGUGUCAUGGGUAUCAAUUCAAAGAACACAGUUCACAACAUACUCAGUGGACAGCAACAAGAUCUCCAACAAUUAUUUAUUGGCGCAUGCAUCAAUACUCAGCAAAAGAGAUAAGAAUGAUUACACCAAAAUUAUUACUACGUUGCUUACAAUUAAAAGAAAAAUAAUAAGCAGAAUUAAAUGGGAACAAAAAUAUAAAACCUCACUUCACUGGAAAUUUUAGCUUUAAUUUGAGAAUAUGAAGAGCAGUACAGAGUCUUCUAGUGAAUCCAUAUCAUUCACACUAUCUCUAGAUGGAUUCUUGAUUCGAAAUAAAAAUUUUAUGGCCAGCAGACAUUAAAAAAAAAAACACCAAAAAAACAAAAAAACAUGUUCAUUUGUUUGUCACACUGAACUCUGGUUCAUCAUUGAAAUCUUCCUGGUGUACAGCAAGAGAAAAUUCAAACAGCUUUUUGUGUAUCAGUUAUUACUAGUAAUAUCUUUUUUUUUUUUUUUUUCUUUAAAACCAUUUUUUCUUCACUCACGGUCUGUUAACAACAAGAGCACUGAUUACAGUGAUAAGGAGUUAAAUGACACUUUUUGUUCCUAAGAUCAACUGAAGUGAAAUGCAAGUAUCAGCCUGUACUAUUACUGACACCAAUGGUGAAAUUCCCAUUCCUUCAAUCAUAACUGUCUUUAUGAAUGAGGAAAGUAAGAUUUAACCCUAGUUUUUCAAAAGGCGAAAUUUGCUGCAGUAAUUUAGCAGAAUAUCUCGAGAGCGAGAUUUUGUUAGUUAAAGAAACUUAGAUUUCCUUUCCUUCCUUUGUGCAAAAGUAAGACACUGCAAAACAAAGAAAUGAAUUUAUGUAAGUGGUGCAUUUCCUCAUUUAGUACCUCUAUCAGCACUUUGCAGGCAGUACAUCCCUUAUUCAUAAACUAUGUGUUAAAGAAAGUAAUGUUAAUUAAUAAUCCUUUGUGUACAGCCUGUUAAUUCAAUACAGAACCUAUUACUGUAGAUUGAGAUACAUAAUUUUUGAUUGAUUUUUACGAUUCCAAAUGAGAUGCAUUGCUCACAGUGAAAUGGAAAAUAUUUUCUAUUGAAAAUAUUUUUAGAAUGUGAUUUGAUCGAAAAUAUUUCCCAUCAGGACUUGAAAAUUAUGUACCUGGAUGUAGGAUCUCAGUGAAUAAUGAAAGUAAUAUUUCAGGGUAUUGGUGGGAAAAAUAAUCAACAACUUUCCUAGUUAUUGUGGUUUAACAUUUAGCUUUAAGACAACGUAAGUUAAUUAAGAAUAAAAUGUACCACAGUUAUUCAUUCAUGUAUUAUUGAAAUGUUGAAGAAUCUUAUGUUGCUAAUUUAUUUUUCCUUGGAAAACAGUACCUAAGUUUCCAAAAAGGCAAAUUGAGGAACGUGCUUUUUUUUUUACACAUUAACAUUCUACAGUUUAUUGAAUGAAAUCAAAGUAUUCUGUUCUGGUAAAUAAUGCAGUGUUUCUCCCUUAAAACAGCUGCCAAAGCAAAUCUGAACACAUGCAAAAAGAGAUGAUGGUUCACAGUAGGCAUGUUUCUUUACUAGAUUGUCUCAGGAAAAUAAUGUCAGUUUUAUUCACUGCUUUGUGGUCAGCUAAGAUAUGAAACCAACUUUAAGUUCUGACUCUCCAGCUCAAGUAAGGAAUGUCUGAUUUACUUCAUGCUAUGUAAAACUGGGCCUCAAAGAGCACAUAAGGCCAUUAGCGUGUUGACAGCUCAAAGUAAUUUUGUGUUUUCCAGCAUAGCCAGAAUAAGGAAAAGCUUUAGUACUACUACCACUGGUUGCUUGUGUUACCUCUGCAAACUUUGUCAGCAUGGCUCCUAUAUAGCUGUCUCAGUGUCUGGGUCACACUGCCACCAGUUAUGGAAGUCAGUCUGAUUUGUUCCUGACAUGUCUGCCCAUCCCAGGGAGUUACCAUUGUAGCUCAGUAGUGAGUUGUUUGGGAAAUGUUCUCAUUGCAAACUGAAUACAUGUGCUUUGGUGUAUCCAUAGGAAAGUAUGCGUCUAAAAAUCAUUACCUCAGUUUUUACUUUGGAGAUCAUCAUUUCUUUUUUAGAAUUAGUUCUCUUAUUCAUAUUUCUUCUGCUUUCUCUUUUCACGGUGGCCUGGGGAAGGAUAUGAGCGCUACUUUAUAUAGGCAGUGGCAGUCAGAGCUCUGUAUGCAAAGUACAAUGCUGUUUUGUGAGUGGAGGUGAUCUGGAAAGUCAGAGUAUUAUAGUUUAAUUGUGUAUUAUCAAAAUUGAAGUAUAUGCAUGGACCUAUUCUAAGAACUAAAUUAAAACACUGUCUAAAAUCUGAUAUGUUUUCACUGCAGAGAAUGGAAGAUUUUUCAUUUUCUCCAAUUGCAUUUUUAUUUCCCAAGCAAAUUGUUACAGAAUUUGCUUUCUUCUCACAGAGGUGACACCGUGCUUCGGAAUACAGCAGGGAAUACUAUUGCGUAGUACUAAGGGUGGGUUUUUUUACUGAACUAGUGUGCAAGAUGAGAGUCAGAUUCACAGACUCAUCAUUGAACACUGCAGUACAUAUUGUUGUUCCCAGGUUGUCUAGAGGACAUUGUUGAAUAGAUCUGUAAAAUAAAUAAAUAACCCCAAACUGUGUUCAGAAAA